UACUCAUCAUUGUUGAACAAAUAAAUUAUCUCUAGAAACAUAUUUAACUUUUAUACUAAAUAAAAAAGAAUAUAGAGUAUUUAGUUCAAUACAAUAAAAAUUAGCUAUUUAACAAGCUGAAAUAAUCGAUGAAAAUAUUUUUGUAACAAUAUAACUUAAAUAAUUCUAAAUAGAAAUGGGACAUAAUUUAAAAAUAUAUGUAAUGCAGUUUUCAGUGCCGAGUUGGCUUUUAUUACAUUAUAUUUGACCAGAAAAUCAUAUAAGAAAAUUUAAAGGAUCACUAGCACCUGUGUCAACACGUUUAAAUAUUAACUGAUAAGUCUUCCGCAACAACUUCGAGAACUCAACCUUUCUCUUCAGUUUUUGACUUUUUGUUUUUGUUAUACUUAAAUUUUAUUCAUUAAAAUGUGGUCUAAUAUGGUUGAUCGUUUAAAAAAAUAUUUAUCGGAUAUUAUUAAAUUAAAAAAUAUCUGUCUUUAAAAAUUUAACGUCAACACUAUACAUAAAUAACUUUUUCCUUUGCCAAAUCAAAUAUUGUUUUAGUAUUGUUUAAACUUAAACUGAAAAGAUCCUUAAAUUACUUAUCAUACGCACAUCUGUUAUUGCCGUGAUGGAGCCAAUGUUGGUUGAGGUACUCUGGAUUGUUAUUCUAGGAUUUGUAAUUGCGUUUAUUCUUGCCUUUGGAAUCGGAGCAAAUGAUGUUGCUAAUUCAUUUGGUACAAGUGUAGGAUCUGGAGUAUUAACAAUCAGACAAGCAUGUUGGUUAGCUACGAUUUGCGAAGUCAGUGGAGCCGUUUUAAUUGGAUAUAAAGUAUCAGAUACUAUGCGUAAAGGAAUUUUGGAUGUGAACCUUUACGAAGGUCACGAAGAAGAAUUAAUGCUUGGUUGUUUGGCAGCUUUGGGAAGCAGUGCUAUUUGGUUGCUUGUUGCAACAUUUUUAAAACUACCUAUAUCGGGAACACACAGCAUUGUUGGUUCUACAAUUGGAUAUAGUUUAGUUGCUAGAGGAACAAAUGGUCUUCAAUGGCAUAAACUAGGAACAAUUGUUGCAUCUUGGUUCAUAUCUCCCGUAAUGAGUGGUUUUGUUAGUGUCGGCUUAUAUUGGUUGAUUCAGAUAUUUAUUUUGAACGCUAAAAAUCCAUUUGCUGUUGGUUUGGUGUUUCUACCAAUAUUCUAUGGUAUUACCGUAUUCAUAAAUGUUUUUAGUAUAGUUAAUGAUGGCCCAAAAUUAUUAUACAUGGAUAACAUACCUUUUUAUAUCGCAAUAAUUAUUAGUAUCAGUAUUGCUUUACUAGUUGCUGGAGUAGUUCAAGCAAUAGUUGUACCUUGGCAGAGGACUAAAAUUCAUAAAGAUAUUCAUAAAGGAAAAGCAACAUUUACUUUUGGAGACUCAGAUGAUUCAUCAAGCCAUAAUAGUCCUCGACGACGUUCAGUUUCAAUAAUAUGUGAUGAAAGAAAUAAACCUAGAUCAGAAACAACUGAGUUAGUAUCGUUUGAUACUGUAGGAGAUAAGCUUACAAAAUGUUUAGAUUUGAAAAUGAAACAAGAUCGUUCUAUAUUGGAAAAUACUAAUAACAAUGUAACAAGGAACAAGUUUGAUUCAAACAUUAUGCAACAAGCUGAAUAUCUCUUAGGAAAGCAUAGUUUAGAUAACACAGACGUUACCAUUACAAGUCUUAAUUACAUUGAUGAGUAUCAAAACACCAUUAAUAAUGGUGAUGCAAACACUAACAUUCGUACGAUUCAAGGAUAUUUUGAAGAUUCGACCACUUUAAAAUCACCAGAUCCCAAUUUUUGUCGAAAGAAUCAAGUUAUUUCAUCAUCUAAUGACGCAAAGGAAAAGAUUUCACAAAGUAAUACUACUGUCAAUCUAGAUGGUAUCAUCCUUAAUCAGUCGUUAUUACCAACCAAUUCCAGUAAAUUACCGCUGAUUGUAUUAAAAGAUGAUGGACCGCUUUAUAAGCUACAAAAAAAAGAGGAGACACUUGAAGUUUCCAAGCUAUUUUCCUUCUUACAGAUAUUGACUGCAGCAUUUGGGAGUUUCGCUCAUGGUGGUAAUGACGUUUCUAAUGCUAUCGGGCCCUUAAUUGCCUUGUGGCUGAUUUACAGUGACGGCUCGGUCAAACAAACAUCGGAAACUCCAUUACUAAUUUUGUUUUUUGGCGGAGCUGGAAUUUCUAUUGGACUAUGGAUAUGGGGACGGCGUGUUAUCAAAACAAUCGGCAACGAUUUGGCAAAAAUCACACCAUCAACUGGUUUCACAAUUGAAAUUGGAGCUGCAUUAACUGUAUUACUAGCUAGUAAACUUGGACUACCUAUAUCUACUACACAUUGUAAAGUUGGAUCUGUAGUUUUUGUUGGAUACUCAUCAAGUUUGUCUCAAAAAAAUAAUCUGUCAAGUGAGGCAAGAGGAGUUGAUUGGAGUCUUUUCAGAAACAUUGUGUAUGCAUGGAUAGUAACAAUUCCCAUUGCUGCAAUUCUAAGUGCUGGAUUAAUGAUUUUGAUGCAAAAAAUGUACUUUAGGUAGGGGAAUUAAAAUAAAUAAACUAAAUGAGGUUCCCUAAUAAACAA